AUCGCCCGCGAAAAGAAAUAUGGCGGCGGUGAUAGGCUGGUGACAAUUUGAUAUGGGAUGGGCGUCACGCUAAACGUAGGAACGCAACUUUUUUUUCUCCCGCCGUAAUGAUAAUGAGUGGUGAUACCGCGACGUAUGAACAUGGCGAUCAUUUGACACUGCAGUCGUUCUCCGAUCCAGACGAGUCGCGGUUACUGGCGUUGCUCCUGUUAUUGCUGGAGAUCGCGCAAGGGUAGCAAUACCGUUCUCGAGCACCCGCUAUAUUUCUGUCUUACAUACAGUGGCCCACUAUCGAAAGCCAAGAGGAGGACGCGCCACGAGAUUGGUUAAAAAGAAGAAAGAGAAAAGAGAUAAUCUCUCGCACGCGCGCCGCAAGAGCGUGUCAGGAGGUGUAAGGUAUCACGAACGUUCCGGAGGCUGCGACGCGUCAUCGAGAAGAGUGACGCGCAUCAUAUGUGCAAAGAUGGCACGGGAGUACGAUCAUCUGUUCAAGUUGCUCAUCAUAGGAGACAGCGGUGUAGGUAAAAGCUCGUUGCUUUUGAGAUUCGCCGACAAUACCUUCAAUGGCAGUUAUAUUACUACAAUAGGAGUGGACUUUAAGAUACAAACUGUGGAGGUAGAUGGUGAGCGAGUAAAGCUGCAAAUUUGGGAUACCGCUGGACAAGAACGUUUCCGGACAAUAACUUCAACUUACUAUAGGGGAACACAUGGCGUUAUAGUUGUGUAUGAUGUGACCAGCGGUGAUACGUUUGCGAACGUUAAACGGUGGUUGCAUGAAAUCGAACAGAAUUGUGAUGUGGUUAACAGGGUAUUGGUAGGAAAUAAAAAUGAUGCACCUAAUCAAAAGGUGGUGUUAACGGAAGAUGCGCAAAGAUUUGCCAAUCAGAUGGGGAUACAGUUAUUUGAAACCUCUGCCAAGGAUAAUAUAAAUGUUGAGGAGAUGUUUAUGGCAAUAACUCGGCAAGUAUUACGGACCAAAAAAGAGCGCAAAGAGCGGCAAGCGAUACAGACUAAUGAGACAGUCAACUUGAGGAAAAGCACAAAACAGCAUAGGAAAAAAUGUUGUUAGCGAGCAUUGUAUAAGCACAUUAUUCCUUAUAAACAAAAUAUUCUUUGAUACGAUAAUUAGGACAGAAUAAAACAGAGAGCAUAUGUUAGUAUCACGAGCGGACAUGCGACGUUGGAAACCCUGAUAUUUUCUAAUACCACCAACUGAGUUUUGUAUUCCAAUUACGAUACCUAAGAUUAUAUCUCAACUAAAAUAUACUUUUUUGAUGUUAGUAUUUAAUAUAAUAGAAUCGAACAAGGACAUAGAGCUUAUUUAGUGAAAAUAAUUGUUUAUACGGCAUUUAAUAUGUUAAAUAUUUUCGCGUGCUGCGUUACAAAGAACAAAGGCCUAUUCAUUUGUAAUAUUUGAAAGAGUAACUCUUACAUAUAUACAUUAAAAAAAAUCAUUGUUUCAUACAUACAAACGUGAUUCAUCAUGUGAUUAUUAAACAAAACAAAAUAUAAACAUUUAUCUCGAAUAUCUUCCGCUAAUUUUUCAAAGAUUAUUUUGAUUAUUAUAUAAAAUUUUGCUGCAUUUGACAGUUACCAUAUGCUAAAUAAGUCGUAUUUAAAGCAAGUAGGAUUAAAGUUUCUUGAACAAACAAACGACAAAUAUUAUUAGUUGAUUCAAAUAAUUUUUAGGACAUUUUAAUAAAAUUAAGGUUCCUGUAGUAUGAUGACGUGCUCUAAAAGAUUUAAUCGGAUAUAUGGAAUGUAUUAGCGAUGUAAUAAUGUGCGUUACAACUGAUGUACAAAAAAUUGCUAUUCGAAAAUUAUAAAAAUUGCUUGAUCGUA